AUGGUUCCGUUCUUGCUGCAUGGCCACCGCCGAAGGGCGACAGACGUUGUGUCUUUGUUCUCCUUCGACCAUCAAUCAUCAAGUGUCAACUUCGAAGAGGGGCUUGCGUCUGCUACGUCGAUUUGGUUCGGUCGGCAGAGGAGAGGACAACGGCGCAUCCGCAGCGUCGGACGCGAUGCGGAGAGCCAGGAGCCGUGCAGGGCUCAGGCGGCUGAACCCGAAGUCAAAAAUGAAUUCACAACGCGGAUGCAGAGUGCUGUGCGCACCGAGCAAGCGGCCCCUUUCUCGAGCCCUGUGGACCGAUUCAACCAGACUGGCGCCGAGUGCCCCCAGGCUUCGAACUCGCUCAUGCGCCCUCGGCGGCUGUGCUCCUAUUGGCCGGUCGUGGCAGUGACGGGACAGCUGCAGAUCCUCGAUUCCUACUUGCGCUUAGUGUCUUUUGCAUCACGACGAGGGCGGUACCUAUCAAGCCCGGACUCCGAAGUCGCAUCGUGUCAAGGUCCCGACACGGCCUUUCAUCUUCAUCGAUCCAAGCAGAUGCGAAAAACAAACACCAACAGCAUCCGACGUUUUCUCGCCGAUCUAUUUGUGGCGGUCGACUAG